UUUUAUCAUACGCGAAAUGGCAUCGUUAUUAUUAUGUACAGACGUUUUAGCUAUUCGAUGUGUAGAAGAUCUCGUAUUCGUAGGAAUGGGACCAAUUCUUCAUGUCUUUAGACAUUCUAAAUUAGAAUAUAAAUUGGAUUGCUUGUAUCCGAAUAAUAUACAUGGGAUUGUGGUAGGAACAAAUAAAAAAUUGGCUGUAUUUGGUGCCAAGUCUAUAUGUAUAUGUAAUAUUGUUGAAGAAGCAUAUGGAAUAAAAAUUGAAAAACAAAGCACUGAUCAAUUCAAUGAUUGGAUAAUUGCUAUAGAAUGGAUAUUGUUCAAGGAACGAAUGCAAUUGGCAAUUUUAUUUGCUCAUAAUUAUUUAUUUAUAUAUGAUAUAUUUCAUAAAACUUCACAAGUUAUAAGUUGUGAAAAAACAUGCAUACUCUAUGGUGGUUCUAUAUUAGAAACUUCUCAAGAGAAUUUAGUCAUUUUCAGUGGAACUGUGUUCCAAGAAAUUUUAAUAUGGGAAAUAGAUACUAAAUAUUAUAAUUCUAAUAAAAAUAUGCCAGUUUUGCAUCGUCUAACAGGACACAAGGGUGUUAUUUUUUCUGUUGUUUGUGACCCAUGUUUACAAUUUAUUUGUUCUACAUCUGACGAUAGAAGUGUCAGAUUCUGGAAAAUCAAACAUGAAAAUUCCAAAAGUAAUAUAAAUUGGAAGACAGUAAAACUAGUGCCAAUAAAAACAAUAUUUGUACAUACAGCAAGAGUUUGGAAAGCUAUAAUCAGAAAUGACAUUAUUUUGACAAUAGGAGAAGAUUCACUUAUAUGUACAUGGUCACCAUCAGGUAAUGUACUUAAUAAAGCCUAUUAUAGAGCACCUAUAUGGAGCAUUGAUAUGUCUAAAGACAACAUGAUAUAUGCGGGUGGAGGUGAUGGAUCUGUACAUAUACAACCUUUUGGAUCCUGCAAGAGACCAGAAACAACUAUUUUAUCUGGCAAUACAUGUGACUUUCCUCGAUACAUAUCUUAUUUGCACGAUGGCACAAUUUUGGUUUUUACUGAAUUGGGAACACUGCUACAUUAUGAUGAAGAAAUGAUGUAUAAGAGUACCAUAUAUUUAACAGAAAAUCGCUAUUAUAUUAUGCAAGUUUCUCCAAAUCGCUGUUUUGUUGCUUUAGCAUCUAGAGAAGGAUACAUAAUGAUAUGUAAAGAAUAUUUCGGAACUCUACGACAAUAUGAGAAAGGAAAAAUAAUGAACUCACAAAUCUUUUCUUUGCAAUGGUUGAGUGACAAUCAAUUAAUAGCAUGUGGAGCAAAUGGUCUUUUAAAAUUUUCUUUUAACAUAUAUUUAAUAUUAAGGUUUUAUGUAGGUGAACUUCAAAUGCUAGCACAAUAUAUAUUACCUCCCAGUCGAGAAUGUUGGUUAACCGCAGCUACAAUCUAUACUCCUAUGUCAAUGUUAAUAUGUGGAGAUAGAGUUGGGAAUGUUCAUGUAUAUAAAAUAUAUUGUAAUAUUAACAAAUAUAUUGAUAAAAAUCUUGAAAAACCUAUUCAAACACUUAGUAAAGUUCAUGGUAAAAUGGGAGUUCAGUCGUUUAGUGUAUUUAGAGAAAAUUUAAUUACGUCUGGGCGUGAUGGAAUAUUGAGAUUUUAUCAAGUGCGUGAAGAAACAAAACCCUUAUUAAUGUUGCACAAAAAGAAGAUGCCAAUGGACUGGAUUAGUAGAAUAUUAGAAGUGAAAAUGAAAAAAGUCGGCGAAAUAAAAGAGGAUAAGAAUGUUUUUAUAUUUGGUUUUAAAGAGGUGGAAUUUAUAAUAUAUAAUUUAUUGAACGAGACCAUAGUAGUCAGAAUUCCUUGCGGUGGCGGUCAUAGAUCGUGGGACUGUAUAAUAUCACAUACAAAAGCAAAUUUUGCUUAUCUAAAAAAUAAGCAGAUUCAUAUAUGUGAUUUGUCUUCUUCUGUUUUGUUUUCAUAUCCUACUUUACAGAAUGGUUUUCACGUGAAAGAAACAUGUUGCUUGCGAUACAUAUCAAACUUUUGUCAGAAAGAUAUUUUCAUAUCUGGUGGUGAAGAUUGUACUCUUCGCAUCAGUAGUUUUUUUAAAAAUGAAGAUAAUUUUUACACCUUCAAGAAUUUAGGAAUUUUUGAUGGCCAUCUUUCAGGCAUAAAAUGUAUAAGCGUUAUUGAAUUACACAAGUUUACGUUCAAAUACCUAGUCUUUUCUGGUGGGGGGAGAGCACAGUUAAAAGUUUGGGGGAUAAAUUUUGGAUAUGGUCAGUCAGAAACGAAAAAAGUACAGCUAAAUAUAUGGUGUUCUGAUAUGAAUUCUCAUAUGCUUUAUGAUCAAAAUCAAUAUUGUAAAAAACCUUGGCAGGAAGGUAAACAAUCUUGUAAAGUAGAACCAGAAACACGUUACAUGAACAUUAAUACAUAUUAUUCUUCUGACCAAUUAAAUUAUGUAUUAGUCUUCAUAGGUUGUGGAGAUGGAUAUUUAAGAUUACUUGUGUAUGAUAUUGUAACUAGUAAUAUAUAUUUAAAAGUAUCUACUAAAUAUAUAGAUCGUUGCAUCUUAAAGAUGCAUAUAUUAUCACACAAAUGCAAAAUUAUUAUAUUAACGAUGACUACUGAUGGAAAAUUACGUUUUUUCGAUUUCACUGACAUAAUCUCAAGAAUAUACAAGGAUGCAAAUUCUGGAAACCAAAAUAUUAUAGAUUUUAAUGAUGUUCCGUUAGCAGAAUUUAGUUUGCAUCAAUCUGGAAUUAAUUCUUUUGAUUUAAAACAUAUACGUGAGGACGAAUAUCUCUUGACUACUGGUGGCGAUGACAAUCUUCUCAAUAUUGUCUGUUUUCAAAUUUAUGUAUCAGAAAAUAAUAAGUUAUCUGCUAAAAUAUUAUCUAAAUGGAGCACAACAUCUGCACAUUCCACACAAAUCACAGGUGUGAAAUUUAAAGAUGAAGAUCAAAUAUGUAGUGUGGGAAUAGAUCAACAAAUCAUCAUUCACAGGUAUUCGUGUUUCAAUGGGAUUGUACAUGCAGAUAUUUUAACUCAAGUAUUUACUUCUGUCCCAGAUGUACAAGGUAUGGAGUUAUGGCGUUCUGAUAGGGAGAACGAUACUGUUUGUAUAUAUGGACGAGGCUUUGAAGUACUGUCCAUCUAAAAAUUUCAUAAUCCAUAUCAUUUAACUAACAAUAAAAAAGAUUUUCU